AUGCGUCUCACAACCCUCCUUCCGAUCCUCACCUCUACCAUCGCGACUGCCAGUACAUUGAAUGUCACAGUCCUCGGCGCUCAAAACAAUGCCUCAACCCUCGAAUGCUGGGCCCUGAAGCCAGGCUUUACAACCUCUUCUGAGGCUGGUACAACUGGCUCCAAAAGUUUGAAUCUAGGCCCCCUUGAUGGAAAGGAUGCAAACAACUCCACGUACGCCAUUAUCCCGGGGAAGUACGACGGAGGAAGACACAAUGCGCCCGUGAAUCAAUGGGUCAUCUUUUUAUCAGGUUUAGCACAUAUCACCCUCCCCAACUCCACGGCUGAGGCCUGGGUCUCUGGAGGGAAGAACGGUGCCAUUUUAGCACUUGAUACGGCCGACGUCAGUUACCUUGGGCACAUUACUAAGUAUCCCUCCAAUGAGUCGACCGUUACAUUCGAGGUCCCAUUGGGUGAGGAGGGGAUUCCUGCGCAUACUGUGUUGUAUUCAGGUGCCUGUAAGGGGGCUGAGCUUUUGGAGUAA